AUGAAAAUGAAGACAGCCAUCAUCUGCCUGGGCCUGUUUGCCCUGGUGGGCAGCUCCACAGCAUCCCUGGAUGCAUCCAAGUCCGUGAAGGAGUCCCAGGAGUUGGAGCACACAGGCCGUGGGCUUACCUGGUGGUGGAAUGGCAUCUGGUACCCAGACUACAACGACGGCUACUCCAGGAAUAACAACAACAACAACAACAACAACAACGGAGGCUGGGCCAGAAAUAACAACAAUAAUAAUAACAAUAACGGCAAUAACGGCGGCAACAACAACAACAACAACAACAACAACGGCCGCAAGCUUUUGGAGGACAUCUCAAACACCAAGGGCCGCUCUCUGACCGAGUGGAGGAAUGGCGCUUGGUACGAGGAUAACGAUGGCAACAACGAGCGCAACAGAGAGAACAGAAAGAACGAACGCACCGAAAACAACAGCAACAACAACAACAACAACAACAAUGGCGGCACCGGAAACAACAACAACAACAAUAACAACAAUGGCGGCACCGGAGGCAACAACAACAACAACAACAACAACAACAACGGCGGCACUGGAAACAACAACAACGACAACAACAACAACAACAACAACAGCGGCCGGGGUGGCAACAACAACAAUAACAACAACAACAACGGCGGCACCGGAAACAACAACAACAACAACAACAACAACAACAACGGCGGCACCGGAAACAACAACAACAACAACAACAACAACAACGGCGGCCGGGGUGGCAACAACAACAAUAACAACAACAACAAUGGCGGCACUGGAAACAACAACAACAACAAUAACAACAACGGUGGCACCGGAGGCAACAACAACAACAACAACAACAACAAUGGCCGUCACCUGCUCGCAGACAUUACUAACAACAACUACGCGACCGGCGGCCAGACCGUGACUACCAAUAAUGACGGCAGCAGUGGAGCGCCCAUCGCUAACACCAAUUGCGGCGGAACCAUCUCCAACUCUGGCGGCACUGCUGCUAACUGCGGCAAAUGAAGCGCGCCUCCUGUGCAAGGGCUGACGAGCUGCUCAUAAUGGCAAAUGAAUGAGGACGACAAAACAAUUUUGAGAGCGCGUAGGUAGUGUCUAGAAACAUGCACAGAUUGCUCUGGAGAGUUGGUGCUGCUGAUUACACCCUGAAUGUAAGCUCUUGAAAUCUGAGAAUGCCUCUGAAUCUGGUUCAGUCGGAUUUCUGAAAUUUGGCGGCUUCAAGAAUAGAUAUGCGUUUCUACCUUGCAGCUUGAACUGAUAUUUCUUUUCUGCUUGUUGGUGGGCUGUUAUGUCUUACAUUAAAUUGCUGGUUGGGUGUAAAACAUUGCUAUUCAGAGGUAGUCAGACUGGACUCAAGAGUAGAUAAAAUCAAUGCCGUGUGCACAUGUGUGGGAUUGACUGAGGGUGAUUUGCAGUGCAGUUGUGUGAGGGUGCAUCAUCCUCUGUCCUCCGUGCAGCACCAAUGAUUGAGAUUGUAGCCAUUGUAAAGAAGUUGCUGAGCUUC